AUUACCACAAUAUCUUUAUAAAUUACACAACAUAAUCAACAAAAUGUUAUUGAAAUAUCUUCUUAUUUCUGGCUUUAUUUCCAUUGUCGAGCCUACAGCUUUAAAAAAGUUAAACACGAUUGACGAAAUUUUCACCACCUACAAAUCAGAUAUCACUGAUAUUAAGAACUCUUUGCAAGUCUUGAUGGAAGAAAAUUCUCAAAUCGAAAAAAAUCUUGCUUUGGCAAAUUCAAAAUUGUCGUACACAAAAGAAGAAACUGAUAAUCUGAUUACUUCGGUAGAUUUUAUUAUUCUUGGAAUAAGUUUUAACUCGACCUCUACACACAAUUGUGAAGAAAUUGAGUUGUACAACGAAUUACAAGAUACCACAAUGAAUAACGUUACUAAAUUCACUUUUAAAUAUUACGACAAACUUAAUGUAUUAACCGAGAUCAUUACAACUUUUAAAGCUAUGCUGACAAGUUUGAAUAAUAACAUUGCGUUUGUAGUCCCGAAUUGUUGGCUACAUAAUUUAUUACCAUGGCAAAACGACCAACUUAAUGAGUGUGUUAGAAAAAGAUUCGAUGAAUUUCAAACUGAAAUAAACAGAGUUAGUAAUGAGAGUUAUCACAUUAAUCUUGAUUUGAACGUGAUGAUGAAUUCUAUGAGAGUGGACACUGUUGAAAUUGUGACGUGGAUGAUUCAAGAUAUCGUUAAAAUCGUUAAUUAUGUUAAUGAAUGUUAUAAUUCUCAAUCUAUUACUACAGAAGAAAACGUAAUAACCACAACAGAAAUAAAUGUUUCAACUGAAGAAAUUAAUAAUUAAUAAGCAUGUUUUUCUUUAUUGAUAGGUCAUUGUAAUUGAUCGAGUUUUACAGACAAUAAAUAUUAGCUUAACCUAUUUUUUCAAUUUCUUUAUAAUAUUUACAAACCACUUCAAAUCAUCUAUAAAAAUCGAUCGAACGUCUUAAUCCAUCAGUAACAAUUUCUCCCUCACCGAUUUAAAAUGAUUUUAAAAACUUUAAUAUUUCUCAUUGCAUUAAGCAGCAUAAAGGCCGCACCUUCUGACAUAAACACCAAAUGGAUUUACGACGUCUUAAACAAAUUCAAUCCAGAAAUAACAGAAUUAAAAGUAUCAAUAGAAACUUUAGCGAAUAAAACCACAGAUAAUGUAGUGAUGUUAUCUUCGGGGAUGUUAAGAAUAAUCUUGGUUAGAAACGAAUCUGAUACUCUGAUUGCUUCGUUAAAAAGCGUCGUUAAAACAACCAUAGAUGAAGCUACCCAAGAAAAAAUAGAAAUUGAAAGUUGCGUUGACGACGAAUUAAAAUCUCAAGAAAAUUUAGAAAUCAAUUUAAACGAAAAAACCGAACAGAUCGAGGCGAAAUAUAAUUUAUACUUCGAGGAAUUUUUAGGCGAAUCUAUAAAAAUUAAAAAUCUUUUACCCGAUUUAAAUCGAAAAAUUGAUGAGUCACUUCGUAAUUGUGCUUUGCAUCAUUUUUUACCGUGGCAUGAAGAUGAGUUAAUCAAUUGUAUCAAUCGAGAUAUUGAACAAUCAAAAUCUGAAAUUUCAGAAAUUAAUUCCAAUAUUAUUUCAAUUAUAACAAAAGCAGAAGAAUUAUUUGGUGAGAUGGAAAUCGACGUUGUAGAGAUGACUAAAAAUGUUUUGUUAGAGAUGUUUGGAAUUAUCGAAACUCUUAAAGUGUGUAUUGUUAUGAUUAAACCUGAAACAACUACUUUUGUUGAAAAUUAAAUCAUCUUGAAAUUAAAUUAUCGCUAAAUUAAACCAUAUUUUAAUCCCCACUUAAAAUUAUUUAACACAAUAAUGUAAACAAUACAUUUUAUACAUAAUAAAAAGAUAAGAAAUGCA